CCACACGUGCGCACGCGCACCGGUCCUCAGUGAAAGUUGCGCGCAUGUUCUACGUUUUCGUGUGCCAACAUCUUCGUCUAGUUAUUGUUUGUUGGUUGCGCCAGUGCAGCGGGGAAAGGAGGUCGAAACUUGUCCGCAACUCGUAAGAACACCGUGUUUUGCGAUCCCGGACCGUAACGUUAUCUUAUUUGGUGGUAAAUUACUGCAGUUUUAUAUGGAACGUUAUCUUGAAAAUGGUGGAGUAGCAACCGACAUGCAGUUUAAAUAAGACUAUUUGAAAACUUUUGAAGUGCACCGAUAUCUAGCAUGAUGAGUGGAAGUGAGCCCACGCUAACAGAGCCACCAGUGCCGCUGGCGCUGGCUCGACUGCAGGGCCGGCCGGGGCGCGCGCCGCGCGGGCUCCGCUCGCACCGCCCCAGCCUGCCGCUUGCCAGCCUGCAAGAGUCCAUCGACGAGACUCCGCGGCGCUUUAGCGACGAACCGUUCACGCCCGAUACUGAUGACGACGAAGCCUUUUCGGAUAUGAUACUUGCUGAUACUCCGAGAACGGCGGCUAACGGUCGGCGAGCGUCAGACGCAGCUUUCGCUGAACGAUACAGACAGCUGAGCGAUUUCGACGGCCCUCCGCCUGAUCCCCCCCGUCGGGCUUCCUUGUCAGUAUCCGUGGGGGCAGAGGGGUUCAGUGACAAAGGUCGCCGUCGAUCCUGGGCGGCACGCCUGCAACUUGAGCGUAAGAAAAGACGAAAAUCAGGAGGAGGGAACGACACUGACGAGGAAAGUGACACCCCUGUAUACAUAAGGCAAAAAAGGCCAUCUUGGUGGAAUGUAUUCGUACCUGAUAACAUCAAAAACAGGUCUAGGCGGGCGUCGCAGCAGCUGUCGCGGAGCGCGGAGAGUAUCGACCAGUCCUUCAAGAGGUCAAAAAGUCGGUCAGUGGACCAUGGGUUCGCGGCCGCGUUCGAGCUGGACUCCCUUCGCUCCAAGGUGGAAGACAGGUUCAACGCUGUCCACAGAGAUGAGGAUGAACACGCCAAACGAUUACCACCUCCGCCGCCGAUUAAGACGAUUACUUACACGGUCCGCGACCGUGACACUCUAAGAGGUAAUGUAUUGCGAAUUCUGUUAAGUCUGGCGGCGCGCUUCGACACAACGCCCUCGGAGCUGACCAAGCUGAACAGGCUCGCCACACAGUUCAUCUUCCCCGGACAGCGGCUCCUCGUACCGGACAAGAAGAAAGGUGGAGAUAAGGACUCCGAUGGUCCCUCGGAGAGCGGGGACAACACGUCGGAGUCGACAGUGGGCCCGCCGAGCGAACCCGCACAAGAAAAAGAGAUCCUGGACAGCCUGCGGCCCGUUUCGCCGGAGGCGCCCGCCAGCAGCAGCGCCCCGCAGCGCUUCCUCAAGAUCAACGUGCGCCACAUCACUGAUGGACAGGGCGUGGUGUCCGGCGUGCUGCUGGUGACGCCGAACGCGGUGAUGUUCGACCCGAACGUGUCCGACACGCUGGUGAUGGAGCACGGGCCCGAGUCGUACGGCGUCAUCGCGCCCAUGGAGUACGUCGUCAACGCCGCCAUCUUCUACGACAUCGCACACAUGCGCACGCACGGACCCGACCAAAACACUAACAAGGCAGAGACGGCUGAAAUUUACUACAUGAAUAAAGCGGAACAUUCGCCAGGAAAGGAUUCUCUGCUAGUCAAGGACGAGACGUUCCCAGAGCUGCAGGCAGCCAACGGCGAGGGCGAGGGCGGCGCGGGCGACGAGCGGCCCGGCUCCGGCGACCCCGAGGACCGCGGCGGCGCCGCCUUCCCCAAGGCCUUCGAGCGCGAGCUCGUCACGCCCACCGCGCUUCAGCAAUCGACUGAAGAGAGGCGGAAGUCUCUUUUGGAUCAUCACUGGGCUAUCCCAAGCAAAGACAGGAUGUCUAUUGACCAAGGAAGCGAGAGCGACGACGUGUUCCAGGUGUCGUCGAGCGCCGACCAGAAGGAGGAGGGGGCGGAGGGCGCGGAGGGGGGCUCGGCGGCCGGCGCGGAGGCGGACGAGGCGGCGGACGACGCGGGCCCGCAGCCCGCCGACGCGCUGCACCUCGUCAAGCUCUCCUACCACGACUCGGGCAUCGACAUCCGCGACCCGCUGCUGCACGUCACGCCCGCCAAGUCCAAGAAGGUGCGCCACACCCACGAUCCAUAUCACGAUGAGUAUUAUCACGAAAUAGAGACUAUAUACGAGUCGGCGGACGAGCACGAGCACCCGCUGUGCGACGUGCGCUACGAGGCCAAGUUCCUGUCGUGCUUCGCGGUGCACCACGACUCUGACACGACGCCUUACGACUCGCACGACGAGGUAUACAGCGACGCGGACAUAGUCCUCUCAGCGGACUGGGUGCCGCCGGUGUGCCUGCCGCGCAGCGAGCCGCCGCUGUCGGCGCCGCCGCUCGGCGAGGCGGAGCGCGCGCCGCGCAAGCCCGCCGCCGUCUCCUUCUCGCUCGACGGCAACAACCAGAAGGAGGACGCCAACAAGCCUGACAAGAAGAACAAGAUGCUGAAGCGGCUCUCAUACCCGCUGUCGUGGGUGGAGGGGCUGACGGGCGAGGGCGGCGCGCCGGGCACCGGCGACUCGCUGUCCGCCGCCGACACGCACACCACCAGCGUCUUCUCCAAAGUGUUCAACAGACGCAGCUCGCUGGGCGGGUUCGGGCGCGCGGCGCCGAAGCCGGCCGGCGUGCAGCCGCGACUGGACUACCGCAGCAUGGUCUCGGUUGACGACAUGCCCGAUCUCUUCGCUUCUUUUGACAAAUUAAUCCCGCGACCGGCGCGGCCAAGCGACGACCCGCCGCUGUACCUACGCCUCCGCAUGGGCAAGCCGGCGGGGCGCCCGCUGCCGCGCACCACGCCGCUCAUGUCCUACGGCCGCAAGCGAAUGAAGCCCGAGUACUGGUUCGGCGUGCCCAGAAAUAGGGUGGACGACUUGUUCAAGUUCCUGACACACUGGGUGCCGGACCGGUAUGGGCCACUGGGCGACGUGACCGCACAAGGCUUCGAGCUCAUCGACUCGGACACCGAGUGGGACGAUGACGACCACAAGCCACACAAGGGCGAGCGCACCGGCAGCUCGGGCGACGUGUCCGACAUAACCCGCGAGUCCUGGGAGCUGCUGAAGGCGCCGUACGUGAAAAUAUAUUCGAUAAUGAAGAGCCAGGCGGAGGCGCUGGGCGACUCGCUCGGCGAGGAGCCGCGGCCCGAGGUGCUGUCGAUGAGCGAUGAGCUGCGACGCGCGCUGUACUCCACGGGCUCCUCCGUCGACAUGGAGUUCUCCCCGCCCGACCUCAUCGGCACCUCCGAGAUCUUCACCAUGGAACACAGAGAGAAGCUGUGCAGCGUGCUGCCGGCGCGCGCGCAGGGCUACAUGUGGUCGCUGGCCUUCAGCACGAGCCAGCACGGGUUCUCGCUCGCCUCCAUGUACCGCAAGAUGCAGCGCGUCGACAGCCCCGUGCUGCUCGUCAUACAGGAUACACAGAACAAUGUGUUCGGUGCGCUGACAUCGUGCGCGCUGCACCCGUCCGAGCACUUCUACGGCACGGGCGAGUCGCUGCUGUUCUCGUUCCAGCGCGUGGAGGAGCGGCGCGGGUCCACCGACGAGCCGCGCUCGCCGCCCGCGCCCGCGCCCGCCGCCCCCGCCGUCGCCCUCCCGCCCGACGUCACCGUCGACGCCGACGAAAAACAAGAUCAAACGCCACCGGUGAAAACUAAAUUCAAAUAUUGGGGUUGGACAGGCGACAACAUGUAUUUUAUUCGCGGUAGCAACGACAACAUUUCCAUUGGCGCCGGCGACGGCAAAUUCGGACUGUGGCUGGACGGAGACCUGUACCUGGGGCGCACGCAGCGCUGCACCACGUACGGCAACGAGCCGCUGACGACGCGCGAGGACUUCAUAGUCAAGAUCAUGGAGUGCUGGACCUUCAUCUGAGCGGCCGCGCCGCCGCCGCCGCCGCCGCCGCCGCGCCUCCGUCGCCGCCACGCCGCUCCUCCCUCAUACUUCACCACAUAAGCUUUAGACUAUCUUAUGAAAUUUGCUAUAAAGAUUUGACAUUUUUACAAGUCAGUCUUUUCGACUGUAGUACCGAUGAGUCUGAGAACGAUUUUGUACUCGCAUCGUGACUCGAUUGGCGUAGAAUGACAUCGAUAGGCCGCAACGAAGACAAUAUAUCGAAACUUCUAAGCGCAUUUCUAGUCAAAUGUACUAAAGUAAACCUGACCAAUGUUUUGAUUCUCUUCGAAUUUAGUGGCGUGUUCUGAUGGAGCGUCGACCCGGAGCCGGGCGCGGGCGACCUCUCGCGAGUAGAGCAAGUGCAUUAAUCCUAGUCAAUUGUCACUCGUAUCUAAGCUGACGGUUUGUAGAAGAUGGCAGGGCUGCUAGCGCGAGCUCUGGGGUAGACGACUGUUCGCAGCGCGCGGCCGGCCCGCCGGCGCCGGCCGCGCCGUCACCAGCCCAAUACUGAUUACGUGUCAAUUCAUACAAUUACUAUUGUGCAUUGUUAUUAAGAAAAUAUUUAAAAAAACGUAUUUGUUACGAUAAAAUCAAUGUAUAAUGUUAUGUAGCAAGUUUAUAACUAAGGAACAGCCGUUUUAGAAGAGGUGUUACGGGAAUUAUCAAAGGGCUUGCUGGUAGCAUACAGCGACGGUAUAAAAUUUAGAGAUGACUGGACUGACGGAUGAUUCUGAUAUAAGUAGUUUAUACUGUUGCGCACAGGCUACUUCAAUUAACAAGCGUUGCUCUUGAAGCGGGCACUGCCUAUACAGUGCAUUUUUGGCUACAUCUUUGCAGUGAAUUGGAAAAUUCACUCGUGAUUGAUCCAGCUCAUUGAGAUCGAUAAAUAUCAUCGAUUCUCGGUGGAUCUGUACUGAAACAAUUUUGUUCAUAAAAAUAUAUAUACACAUAUACUUUUUAAAUGUAACUUUGAGCAAAUAAUGAUCGCUCCUGUGAUUAGCCCCUGCUCUUGAGCGUAAAUAUUUACUAGUUAUUUCUCAAACAGACCUCCUUCUCAGAAUAAAUAACUAGAUAUAUUAUCCACAUCCCUAAAUUUCAUUAAAAAAAUAUCUGCUUCAUAAUAUGUGUAUAUUAUAAUGGCUAUAUCAAUAGUUUUUAGUGAGUUAUCAGCCUGGAAUAAAUCCGUCAAAAGGUGAAUCUAACGGCUCCGUUAAUCAACAGCCGUUUAUAUUACAAUCCACAAGCCAGCUUACUGCACAUUCUCAAUUCCACUAUUCUUUGGGACCAGUCCAGUCGCGAAAAAUACUUCAUUUUUACCGUCGAAUGCCAUUGUAAUACAAGUCUGAGAGUCGGGGCCGUGACGUCCCCUGCCUCCUGCUCCUGAGAGAGAGGAAUGUAAAACAUUAGGAAAUAUUUAACACUGGUAAAAAUUAAGAAUGUGCAGUUCAGUAUCGGUAUACUUCAAGAGUCUGGAACAAUAUAACAUAUCUGAAUGUCUAUUACAUAUGCCUUUAUAAGUAAUAACUGUAGCACCUUUCCCCUUUUUUAUUAUUUUAACAAAGAUUUCGUGACCAUGGUUUUAUGCUUAAUUUUUCAUCAUUACGAGUCAUAAUAAUCGUUAUAUUAGUGAGCAUUACUGUUCUGUGAUUUUAUUACUCUGGUUUGUUGUCACUGUAGUAACGGUGAACAGCUAAGUAAGUUUAUUUGAAGAACAGUUAUCAAGCUUGUUCCAUUGAUUAUAUAAUAUUUUGACUUAGGCUAGAAGUAAAAUUUGUUAUAUCAGAGUGUAAACAAUUAUUUUUGUCAUGUAACGCUUCAGUACAGAAAUGAGUAGCCGAUAUUUAAUAUUAAAUUAGAAAAAAAAUAGUUAUAUUAGAAGGCUUGAUGAAUAUAAUCGUCAUUGUGCUUAGUAAUCGUGUCACUUAGCAUGAUGUUACUCAGAUUUAUCUGGUCGUAGAGCAUUACUUUUGUGGAGCGAGAGCGCUUCGAGCGCCGCCCACGCCGCGCCGACGCGUCGGCGUCGGGCCGCCGCUUAUAUACUCGUACGCUUUUCAUGUAUAUUACAGACUAUUCCUUUUUGAGAUUAUUGGAGUUAUAUUGUGCGAGAAGCCACGCAAAAUAAUAUUAUUGUGAUUACCUAUGUUAUAGUAGUAAACAUAUUGUGGAGGAAUAUUUUGAACAAUGUGCGGGCAUAAUGAAAUAUUUUAGUCCUAUCAGAAGCAAUAAUAUCGGAUAAAUGCAAUAUUGAAUAUUUAAUAAACCGGGCGCUGCCGUCGCACUGCCCGUGCACCGCGCAGUCUUCAUAUACAGAGAGAGCACAUUGUUUGGGGGUGUCUGCAUAAGUUAUUAUUGUUACAAAUUUAUAAAUAAUUAGACUUGUUGAGUAGCUGUGACAAAUUAAAUAUAUUUAUUUAUUCACUUUUGAGUUUCACUAUAAGAUUAUUGUAGUUGCAUAAUUUUUGUGAUGAUUAUGUUAUUUAUAAGUUGUUAAAAUGUAAAGCAAAGCCAUAAUAAUUGAGAGUAUAUUAUUUUGAGAAAAA